UGUUUCAUGGCUGGAAACAGCGUGGACCUCUCAAUCCUAUAAAAUACUAUGAUAUCUCGUCGUAAAUCCGCAGACCGGUUCAACACCACAAAAUAAAGUGAUAACCUACUUAAAUUCAAAAUUAUAUAAACUAGUAGUAUUCUCGCUAUUUCGAUGCUAUGAUGGUUUUCGUUCACAACAAAUAAGUUAAAUAUGACAGGACAAACUUACUUCGUCACUGGUACUAAUAGAGGUAUCGGUUUCGAAAUCACUAAGUACUACAGUAAUCUCAGCAAAGAUAAUAAGAUCAUUGCCACUGCUCGUGAUCCUUCCAAGGCUGAUAAAUUAAAGGAAUUGGCUGCUAAGAAUGGUAAUGUUGAAAUAAUCACUCUUGAAACUACUAGUGAUAAAUCUAUUGGGUUAAUUGACUCUGAGUUGGCCAAAAUUGGAGUGGAUGGUAUUGAUGUUUAUGUUGCAAAUGCUGCUAUUUCUGAUUCGUACAUUAAUGUAAUUGAUUGUCCAAAAGAAGUUUGGUUGGAUCACUAUACUGUCAAUUCUUUAGCGCCCAUUUUAGUGUUACAGAAGUUAUAUAAACAUUUAUUAAAGAAGGAAACUAGAAAAUUAGUGUUUAUCUCUUCAGGCGCUGGUUCGCUUACAAGAUUCGUUCCUACUCCAGUAAGUGCUUACGGUCAGUCUAAGGCGGCACUUAACUUCUCGGUUCUUGAAUUAAGUCAUGAAUUGAAACAAGAAGGAUUCAAAGUUGUUGCUGUCUCUCCAGGAGUGGUUUCUACUGAUAUGGGUAAUCAUGGACACUCCGAAAUAGUCAAAAAUUCUCCCCAUUUAGAAGAUCUUCUUAAGAGCGUUAGCAUAACUCCUGAAGAAAGUGGUACACAAGUUGCACAGGUUAUCGAUAAUUUGAAAGAAGAAGAUAAUGGUAAAUUCCUUAAUUAUGAUCAUACUGAAUACCCAUAUUAGAUUAUCUUUUUGAGAUAUUCAUAGAGAGAUUCCAAAUAAGCUUAUUGAUCUGGUAUAUAGUUCACAUUUGCAAGUUUAUGUUAAUUUUUAAUAUAUAACAUUUUUUUUUGCAGCUUUUAAGUAGUAGAGCCGCAUCAUAGUU